CUUCAUGGCCCCAUCUGAUAUUUGGGCCUAAUUCAGUUGAUAACAUCGUGUUGGCCCAAAACAGAAUUAAUAAAACUGUAGUCCAAAGUUUUUCGUUUGAUUUUGCUAAAAUUCCCUUCAUUCAGUUAUUAUAUUAAUUAAUGAUUUAUUUAUUUAUAUUAUUUUGUACAAAUAUUUAAAUAGCAGAGGAUCUAGGGAACCUGGUAUUUGAACCGUAUAUAAAUUAUAGAUAAACAAAAGUAAAGGCUGUAAUAAUAAUAAAAAUAUAUACUCUUUUAAGGCCUACUUUGCGCUAUUAGGAACGCUCUGCAGACAACAUAGUAAAGAGUAGUUGGGCAGGUCAAGAUCAAGGCUGCAUAAUGAAUACAUUAACUCACCACACCAUCUUGCUCAAUUUUUUCCCAUUCUUUAAAGGUGCAAAAGCAAAGCAAAGCGAGAACAAGCGUCCAUACAAACCGUUUCUGCAGCUUCAUCUAUCUUGGGCCAUGAUUAUUUUGCAUAUAACUCUUACGUGUGACAUGAGUCUCAUCGCCAGUUAUCAAUCCCUUUAAAAAUGGCGCGAUUUCGUUUCAUUGUGACAUCGAUUUGCAGACGAAAAUUUCGUUCAUAAAAUUUUUCGCUGCUAAUUAAUAUGGUAUUCUAGCAUCCAAUUUCUUCUUCGACUCAGUUUUAUUCAGAAGAUUCAACACUGUAUUUUAUAGUGGAAUCUUAACAUGAAUAAACUUGACUGGGGAACGACCCCUUUUUCAUAUCGAGCGAAUUAGAGCAUCGUCAUCUGCCAUCUGGCUGGCAUAAUUGGACUGGUUUUAUUAAAAUUAUGCGAGUCAUCGAUUGUGAAAAACGACACGAACUGCUCCUAAAUGAGUUUACAAUAGAACUUAUAAAAACAGCUGCCAAUAAUUAUGUUCACUUUCAACAAGGGCGUCAAUCAUCUUAUUACCAGCACCAGUCACAACAAGAACAGCCACGAAAUCAGCACAAGAAUUUUACAGUAGCUGCUUUCAUAUCCAAUAACGACAAAUUAUUGCUUAAAAAUCUGGAAAAGCAAAGCUACUCAGAUGCUUUUAAAUUAGAACAAUACGUUGUGCAACAUUAUCAACAUCACCAAAAAAAUCAUUUGCAGAACAGCCAAACCAACCAACAAUACAACAUCAAACCAAAAGACUGUAAGAUGCACUUAUCCUCUAUUCCGACUGAAGCAGUUGUGGACAAUAAGCAAAUAUCAUCUCCACGGCCACUUUUCCAUGCAAAAUUACUACAUUUUGAACCAGAGGAUUUGCGUAAGUCUGAGUCGGUCAAUAAACUUGGGAAUAGCAAACGGAUGUUCGAUGCUAGUGACUCUGCAUUGCCAGCAGCAACUGACAAUAACAGUAGUAAUGUCUUAUCCAAGCGCAAAAGAUCAGUCUCUUUCACUGCAAUUGUUAAUGCUACAAACACUAAUGGCAACAUUGAUGGUAGCUAUCCCGUUAAGCAACUAGACCAAUAUAGUUUACCUCUAACACCUGAAAUAAAAACGGAAGAGGACACUGUAACAGAGGCGAACGCAGAUCUAUCAACGGGAAACGAAAAAUCCUAUUAGAUUCAUUUCGUUGCAAUUCCUAACAUGUGAAUCAUUCGAGCACGUUAUGCUUACAGACAAACACUUAGAAGGACAGUAAUAAAACUACUUUAAAUGAUAACUGAUAAAAAAAGGAAGAAUAAUAAUAUAUACAACGAUAUGCAAAAAAGAAAAAAAUUUUAAAUUUAAGCUGACCUCUAAACUUUCCAAUAGUUAAUUUUUCUUUGUGUCUUUUUUUAUUGAUCCUAUCUCCCUCAUUUUGUUCAAUUUUCAAGUAUGUGUCAUUGUGCCAUGUGUUUGUAGUACAAAUACAAAAGGCUUUCUUACAUAUGCAGAAUUUAUUAUAGUCCAUCAAUUAUUGAUAUUACGACGUAAAUAAUAUAUUGGCCUUCAGGGGGAAAGUGCAUAUGAUUAUUAUACUUAAUCAGUUGUAAUUGACACACAGAAACAUUUGGUUUACAUCAUACUAUCAUUGUUUUAUUAAUUGCUUUUUAAUUACAGUAAGUUUCGUUAAGAUUGGGUUUUUCGUUCAACAAAAAGUAAACGCUUGUUAAAUAUAGUCUAUUGUAAAAAACUUAAAAUUUUUUUUAUUA